CCCACGAUUCUCUUUCACGCAAUCCGCCACUUCCAAUAAAAUAUAAAACGCCAUAUUUCAAUAAUUACGUUCAUGAAAUUAUUAUAUUUUUCGUGAGCCCGAUCUUGAAAAUCGUGUCAAAUCCCUCCAACACCUUUACUUUUGACAGAGAACACUGUGAGAAAGAAAAAGAAAAAGAAAAAGAAAAAGAGGGAAAAAGGUGUUUUCAACUUUCUUUUAUAAUCUUCUGAAUCUCCUUUUUGGAUCAAAUCCACACUUGCACUAUUUCCCAAGGAAAAAUAAUCAUUCAUCUCCUUUCUUUUUCACCUCACAUUAGCCUUACUUUAACCAAAGCUAAAGGGACUUUUAAAUGAAAGUAUUUGAUGGAAGUUUAAUGAGGAAAGAAUCAAGCUUUUCCAUGCAUUCAUUGAGCUUUCUCAUCAUUACAUUAUCAUUAUACUUUCAUGGCUGCUUUGCCGCUUUACUUUCCGAACCGGCGGAGCCAUUAAAACCCGGUGAUUAUCCCGGCAGUGGUAAUACAGUGCCUGCUUUUCCUGUCCAGAAUGAGUCCCAGACAUGCCGGCUUGACCUGUCAGCUGAGUUGUUCGGCGGCGUGAGUGCGGCUUGCGGAAGAAACCUCGACCGUAGCCGUUGCUGCCCAGUGCUGGCGGCGUGGCUUUUCGCAGCCCACGCCAGGUCGGCUCUGCAGCUUCCAUCUGCUGCUCCUCCGGCGAGUUCCGACAUGCCGAUGAUGCCGGACGAUUCACAGAAGUGCGUCAACUCACUGCAAAAUUCAUUGCAGAGCCGAAAUAUUCACAUCCCUCAGCCAAAUGCAUCGUGCGACGCCGUGUUGUGCUUCUGUGGAAUCCGGCUCCACCAGAUCACCUCUUUGAGCUGCCCCGCCGCGUUUAAUAUCACCGGGAAUUACAGAAAUGUUACUCCCACUGCUGCUAUUAGGAAUUUGGAACAUAAUUGCAAAAAUUCUUCUUAUGCUGGCUGUACUAAAUGCCUUGGUGCUCUUCAGAAGGUCAGCGAAACUAGAAAAUGUGUCAUUUUGGUCCCAAGAAAAGCUUUUUUUUUUUUUUUUU